UGAUCCAUAUAAACAAAAACAAAAAUCAUCUGUUGGUUUCAACAACUUGUUUUAGGAAAUGAAAAUACACGCAAAUAUUUGUUAAACAUAAUUUUAAUUAUGAAUUUCAUAAUCAUAGUAAGGAUUAUUCUUUAAACACACUUCGUGUUGUAAACCUUGACAUGAGAAGCAAUGUGAUCUUGUAGAUUUUUUCCUCCUUCCUUGUAUAUUGUAAAAGUAAAGAUAUUAAGUAUUCUAUCUUUAAAUAUGGCCGGAGUGAGCAGUAAAGAAUUCUAUUUUAAUGCUGUCCAACUUUUGGCUCGAUCUCUUGCUUCGCUGAGACCUGCACCAUGGGAAAAGGUAAAUCAUCUUCUGAAUAUGUGUCCACAAGAAUCAGCCCAAGGAAUUUUUAAAUUUGAUCAACGAGGACAAGAUGCUGUAUUUGCAUUGGGUAUAUUUUUUCUACAGUCAGGCUAUCAGCAUGUAGACCAUAUCUUUCCUUAUCUUUUGAAACUUUUGAGAGGAUUAGCUAAAGCUAUCUGGGUUGAAGAAAUACGUCUUCAUGACAGUGAUCGUAUUCCUGUCAGUGAGCGUUUUGCAUUUUGUCUUAAUACUUUGCUUUCUGAUAUUGCUUGCCUUUGUGAAAAUUUGCGAGAUGAAAUUAUUGCAGCACAAGUUGAACUUCUUGGAACCUUGGCCAAUAUUUGUAGGAACUAUAAAGAAAAGGAAUCAAAAUCCAUUGCUUCUAAAAUUACUCUGUGCAAAUCAAUUGUGCCUGUAUUCAUAGGAACAGCACGAGCUGUGGGCAGAGCCAGUAAAAACGGUCCACCUUUAUUUUGCCGAUUAUUUCCGACCCUCACUCCAACUAAUAACCAUUCUCCGGAAUCGCCAAAAAUACACAAAGUUGCCAGCUCUAACUCCCUGAAGCAGCGUACUUUCCAUAAUUUCAGACCCAUUCUGCACCGUUCCAUGUCAGCCGUGUCUCGCAAUGCAUCCAGUAAUGUGCUGACCAGUCAAGACUCUGGUGCUGACCUGUCUGCUAUGGGUGGUAGCGGACUUUCCAGCAAGAGAGCUUCACUUUAUAGUCAGUCAUCUAUGACUUAUGACCCCACAGUUUAUUAUUUUUAUAAGUUUGGGUCAAGUUUCGGCAAGCUCCCUGCUCUAGGUUUGCUGAAAGAUGAAGAGCACUCGUUGAUAUUUUCUGUCAAUCAUCUACAAGCUGUUUUAGCCAUUGCUAAAAAGCUGCUAACCAAAGAUUUGUUAGAAUAUUUAGAUGAACAGGCUUCUGAAAUUUACAACUCAGGGCAAUUGAAGAUAUUCCCUUACAAGACAUUUAGUGAGACAAUUAAUUUGGUUCUUGUGUGUUUGCUCCGAGAAUUACUCCAACCUCAACAAAAUCUACCUACACCUUUCACGAAAGAUGUUCAAGAAUUUGUAAAAGGACUAUUCCUUUCCGGUCAAACAGAACUUCAGACUCGACAGCAUGACGCAAGUGAGAGGGAGGACAAAGAAUCUAAUUUUACUGUGGUUAAUAAGUUCAAGGUUAAUGUCCAGGCAAAUGCAGCGUGUGUAGAUUUGCUUGUAUGGGCUGUGGCCGACGAUAUAGGGGCAGACAGUCUUUGUGUACGUCUACAAGAAAAAAUUCAUUCCUCUCAUUCAGCUAAAAUAGCUCUGGCUCACAUGCCAUUAUUGAUGGUGUGUUUAGAGGGUUUGGGCCAGUUAGCUGAAAAAUUUCCUAGCAUAGCUCAUAGUUGUAUAGAUGCACUCAGAGACUUUCUAGUCAACCCUUCACCCAUUCUUCUUAGACUUAAUCGGCAAUCAACCGACCACCAUGUCAGAAGUGCUAACUUGAGUAUAAUGGUUACUUCAGAGAGCCCGUCAACUACCUAUUCUGCAACCACAACUAGUUCGGGGACGGCAUUUGAAAUAUUGCGUGAUACUGCUAUCGAAAAUUUGUGCAGAGCUCUUAAGGCAGGACUGGCUAAUGAUACUCACUGUGUACAAGCAUUUCUAGCAUCCGUUUCCAAUAGACUUUAUCAAGCCGAAAAAAGUGACAUGGAAUCAACUCUUGUAUCUACCAAUACAAUUGUUGCUCUGGGGCAUGUUGCCGUGGCAUUAAAGAAUACACCUCGAACUAUGGAAUCCAUACUUCAGUUUUUUCAACAAAGAUUCUGUCAGCCACCUUCUAGGUUAGACUCUCUUAUUGUGGAUCAGCUUGGAUGCAUGAUCAUUGCUAAAGGCGAUCUUCAUGUGCAUGAAGAAGUGAUGAAGAUGUUUACCAUGAUUACUGUAGAAUCCAGCUCUGCAUAUAAUGUUGGAAGUGCUGAUGGAAGAAAGCAGGGCUAUAGGCAUGUGUCCUUAUCUGUUAUCAAUGCGCUGGCCAACAUUGCGGCUGAUUUAGAAGGGGAGGCUGAACUGAACGAACUUUUGGUACGACUUCUUGAAUUAUUUGUGCAACUUGGGUUGGAAGGUAAACGGGCCAGUGAAAGAGCUCCAGCUGCUUUCAAAGCUUCAAGUAGUGCUGGAAAUUUGGGUGUGCUGAUUCCAGUUAUAUCUGUGCUCCUUCGACGUCUUCCUCCUAUAGCUAGUCCCAAACCAAGAUUACUGAAAUUAUUUAGAGACUUCUGGUUAUAUUGUGUUGUAAUGGGUUUUACAUCAGAAACAGGUUUGUGGCCACAAGAAUGGUUUGAACAGUUAAAAGAAAUUGCAGCUAAAUCUCCCCUCUUAGUAUCUAGAGAGCAUCUAAGAUCUGAAUUGCAAUACAAUUCUGCAAUUCGCAGUGAUGCUGUGUCUGUGGGAGAAAUUCAAGAGUUGAGAAAUCAAAUUCUUACACUCCUUGAUCAUCAGCAAGAUGUAACUCCUCUGAUUAACAAACUAAAUUUUGCACAGUGUACUUAUCUGCUAUCUGUAUAUCAUCUUGAAACCUUGAGGGUCCGACAUAUGCAAGAGAAAACCCCUUUUCAUUGUAUGCUACAAUACUUAGAAGAUCCUACAAUUCAAAAAGAUAAAGCUGGAAUGUGGCAGUGUAUUUUAGCAGUUUCCGAUAAGGUGUUUCAGACUUAUUUAGAAGUGGUUUCUCUGAAGCCUCGUAAUGUGGACCGGGAUGAAGAAUUAGAAGAACAUGCUGUCUUUCUUCUUGUGAAAUUCAAUCACCCUCAGAAGCAAAUUAGGCGUGUGGCUGAUAAACAUCUCUCUAUGCUGGUUGACAGAUUUCCGCAUUUACUCUGGAAUGGAAGAGUGUUAUGGACCAUGUUGGAUAUUUUAAAUAUCCUGUCUUAUUCUCUGAAAUGGGAUGCUAAUGAAGAUAUUCCUGAAUUAGUUGUUCCUCGAACCUCAUAUAAAUUGACAUUAACUGAUACUUUGGAAACUCGAGAAAAUAUAGUUAAUGACUUUGCAGCCAGAAGUCUUGGAAUUUUACAAGAAGCUGUAAAAUGGGCCCCUGCUGUAACACGUUCUCAUUUAGUGGAAUAUUUGACUGUAUGGCAACAUGCUAAUGAUGGAUUAAAACAUCACAGUGGUUUAGCUAUGGCUGUAGAAAGUGUACUUCAAUUUUCAGGUCUAAACUUAAUGUUUGCUCCUCUUUCGAAUUCAACACUUGAGAAAUGGCCUACAUGUGUGAAAAACAAUUACUCUGAAUCAGUUGCUUCCAUGAAUAUCAGAUGUCAUUAUGCUGGAGAAAUUGAAGGACUUUUAUCUAGUUGUGAUAAGUCCCCAGAAUCCAUUGAAGCAAUAACACUUCAAAUAUUAGAUAACUUGUUUGAAACAUGGAAAACUAAAGAUUCUGAAUCACAUGGAAAAUGCAUCUAUCGUGUUUGUGCUCUUUUGAUUGCAACAAAAGAAGUGGAUCGUCGUCUUCUACAUGCUUUAUGCUGGUCUCCAGUAGAAUUGUUCACGGAAGAAGCAAUGAGGUGUGCGAUUGCCUGCUGGCAGUGGUUAUUGGCUGCUAGAGGUGAUAUGGAACUUCAGUUUCUUCAGGAAAUGUCUGCAGCAUGGCAGAUGACGAUCGAUCGACAAAUGGGCCUGUUCGCUGAAGAUCCUAUUCAAGUUGACCCACUGGCUGCCCAUGAGGGUUGCACACUAGCACCUAAUGGCCCAUUUAUUGCUCCUCACGCCUUAUGGGUGAAGUUUCUCUCUGAGAGGAUUGAAGUUGCAAAAUAUUGUAACAUGAAUGAAGUAGAAAUCUUUGCUAACAUUCUCCACCGUUCUUUGCCUGUUGCUGUGGGGCGACAGAACCACAAUCAUCGACACAUCGCUUCCAUGAGCAGUCGCUUUAGAUUACUUUCUUGUGGUUUGUCGUUAUUACAAGGAGAUAUACUUCCUCGAACGGUAUGCAAAAAUGUUCUACGUGAAAGAAUCUACACUGCUGCUUUAGAUCACUUUUGUGCACCACCAAUGUGUCCUACCCAAAAGGGUCCUGAGCUAAGAGAGGAUAUAUCAAUUCUAAUCAAGUUCUGGAAUAAUUUGCAUACGGAUAAGAAAUACUUGAAAGCAACCAUGAUGGGUGAUUUGAGUGAUGGAUCUGGUAGCCAAAACUUAUCUUUAAGUCUGAGUUCAGAGUGGCGCAGCAGUACUGAACUCUCCCAGACAAGGGCUCCUCCAACAGGUUGGAUGAACACUAUGCCCCUAAGCAGUAAUAUGUCAACCAUAUCUCGGCGUUCGUCUGGGGGUCGUUCAGGUCGAAGGGAUAAUCAUUCAGAAAGUUUUGUUAAAGGUUACGUCAAGAAAAGGAAUCUCAUUCUGGGCCUUUUGGCUGUUGAUAUUGAGUUCUUGAUUACAUGGCACAAUCCCAUGUCUCUGCAAGAAAACAGUUUUCCUGGUGAAGAUGUGAUAUCAACAUGGCGAUCACAACCUAUGACUGACAAAACAUGGAAAGAAACUGCUCGUUUGGCUUGGGAGAUUUCACCAGCUCUGGCUGUAUAUUUGCCAACAAGAUUUAAUAACUCUGAAGCUUUAGCAAGUGAGGUUUCAAGACUUGUACAGUGCAAUCCAGCUUCUGUAUCUCAUAUUCCAGAAGCAUUACAAUAUCUGACGACAUCCGAAGGCAUCAUGAACGAUUCUGCCGAGCUUACUCAUAUGCUGACAUGGGCUACUGUUCCUCCAAUUAAAGCAUUGGCGUAUUUCUCUCGACAAUACCCAAGACAUCCAGUAACUGCUCAAUAUGCAGUUCGGGUUCUAUCUUCUUACCCUCCUGAUGUUAUACUUUUCUACAUUCCACAACUUGUACAAGCUGUUCGGCAUGAUAGUAUGGGAUAUGUCACAGAAUUUAUCAAAACUGCUUGCAAGAAAUCGCAGUUAUUGGCUCAUCAGGUGAUAUGGAAUAUGAAAACCAACAUGUAUCUAGACGAAGAAGCUCAACAACAAGAUCCCGUGAUGUAUGAGCCAUUGGAAAAUAUCAUGAGCAGUAUUAUCAGCUCUUUAUCUGGGCCUGCCAAGCUUUUCUAUGAGAGAGAAUUUGACUUCUUCAAUAAAAUUACUGCUAUAUCUGGUGAAAUCAGACCUUAUCCUAAAGGACCACAAAGGAAACAAGCUUGCUUGGAUGCUUUAAGCAAAAUUAAAGUUCAGCCUGGUUGUUAUUUGCCAUCUAAUCCAGAAGCUGUUGUUCUGGAUAUUGACUAUAAGUCUGGAACACCUAUGCAAAGUGCUGCUAAAGCUCCUUAUUUAGCAAGAUUUAAAGUAAGACAUUGUGGCAUUCACGAAAUGGAAAAUAAGGUUAUGAGCAUAACUAAAGACAAAGAGGUCGAGAAAGAAGAAAAUAUGGGUAAAGAAUACUGGCAAGCGGCUAUAUUCAAAGUUGGAGAUGAUGUCAGACAGGAUAUGCUGGCCUUACAAGUGAUCGAGCUUUUUCAGAAUAUAUUCAAACAAGUUGGAUUGGAUCUGUUUUUGUUUCCAUACAGAGUAGUUGCUACUGCACCAGGGUGUGGUGUGAUUGAAUGUGUGCCUAAUGCAAAAUCCAGAGAUCAAUUGGGUAGACAGACUGAUAUUGGAUUGUAUGAAUAUUUCAUUAAGAAAUAUGGGGAUGAAUUAUCGAAACCAUUUCAGCAGGCCCGUAGGAAUUUCAUCAAAAGCAUGGCUGCUUACAGUGUUAUAGGAUUUUUGUUGCAGAUCAAAGAUAGACAUAAUGGUAACAUUAUGGUUGAUGUCGAUGGUCAUAUUAUUCAUAUUGAUUUUGGAUUUAUGUUUGAAAGCUCCCCUGGUGGUAAUUUGGGUUUCGAACCGGACAUCAAACUUACUGAUGAAAUGGUUAUGAUCAUGGGUGGAAAAAUGGAGGCUCAACCAUUCCGUUGGUUUAUGGAGCUGUGUGUGCAAGCUUUCUUGGCAGUGAGGCCGUAUAGAGAAGCAGUUGUUUCCUUGGUGACACUAAUGCUGGACACUGGUUUACCCUGCUUCCGUGGACAGACCAUCAAGCUGCUGAGAUCCCGUUUCGCUCCAAACGCCAGCGAAAAAGAAGCUGCUGCAUAUAUGCUGAAAAUAAUCAGAGACUCUUGUUUGAAUUUCCGUACAAGAACUUAUGAUAUGAUCCAGUAUUAUCAGAACCAGAUUCCUUAUUAGAGGUUCUACUUAAGUGUGCAUGAUGUCUCAUGAUUUAAGUUAUGAAUGGAUGUUUUACUUAGAUAAUAUAUGUGUUGUUUAUUGGAUGUCUAUAAUUGUUGAUUAUUCUAUAGUUUAAGAAGGAUGUAACUUAUACGUGGAAAAAAAUAUAUAUGCGAUUUUUCCUUAUGUAAAAUGAUGU